AACUGCGGCUCCAGGGGCCCACCCUGCCCAUUCGUCAGCGCUGAGGCCUGGAGCUCCAUGGCGGCGCCCCCGGCCUCCGCCGACGCUCCUCGCUCGUCCCCGCCGCCCCCCGUGGCCGGAGACGGAACGGACCGAACGGCGGCGAAGAGCGAGGCCGCCUGCGAGGACCGCAGGGUCAGUGCUAUUAAUAUCAGGCAAGUGCACAGCCCCAGCUGCGUGAUCCUCUUAUGCCUGUGACCUCGUCUCUGGGGCCGGUGGUGAGUGCUGUUCCUCGGCACAGGGGCCUGAGGGCUCCCAGCUGUUAGCUCCCUGCCUCCCAGUGGGUAGCCUCUGCAGCCAGGGGUCUGGCCUCACUCUGGCUGCCCACCCACCCACGGAGGGGCAGCUCACAUGGUUCCUGGGUUGUCCUAAGGGGCUGCUGUGGGCCUGAGGCAGUGUGGGUUGCCCCUGCAGACACCUCGGAUCAUCUUGUGUCCAGCCAUGGGCAGCCCCUCAGCUUACCCUGGCAUCAGGAUCUCAGGGUGCUGGGCCCUUGGAGCAGAAGGCAGCAGCAGCGCUGAGGCCUUGGACAGGCUCCUCCCGCCCGUGGGCACUGGGCGCUCGCCGCGGAAGCGCACCACCAGCCAGUGCAAAUCCGAGCCGCCCCUGUUGCGCACUAGCAAACGCACCAUUUACACAGCGGGGCGGCCGCCCUGGUACAACGAGCACGGCACACAGUCUAAGGAGGCCUUCGCCAUCGGCCUGGGUGGUGGCAGUGCUUCUGGGAAGACCACUGUGGCCAGGAUGAUCAUCGAGGCCCUGGACGUGCCCUGGGUGGUCCUGCUGUCCAUGGACUCCUUCUAUAAGGUGCUCACCCAGCAGCAGCAGGAGCAGGCUGCCCUCCACAACUACAACUUCGACCACCCGGAUGCCUUCGACUUCGACCUCAUCGUGUCCACCCUCCAAAAGCUGAAGCAGGGCAAGAGCGUCAAGGUCCCGGUCUACGACUUCACCACCCACAGCCGCAAGAAGGAUUGGAAGACGCUCUAUGGUGCCAACGUCAUUAUCUUCGAGGGCAUCAUGGCCUUUGCUGACAAGACGCUGUUGGAGCUCCUGGACAUGAAGAUCUUCGUGGACACGGACUCUGACAUCCGCCUCGUGCGGCGGCUUCGCCGGGACAUCAGUGAGCGCGGCCGCGACAUCGCAGGUGUCAUCAAGCAAUACAACAAGUUCGUCAAGCCGGCCUUUGACCAGUACAUCCAGCCCACCAUGCGUCUGGCAGACAUCGUGGUGCCCCGAGGGAGCGGGAACACAGUGGCCAUUGACUUGAUCGUCCAGCACGUGCACAGCCAGCUGGAGGAGAGGAAGCUGCGCUGGGAUAUGGCCGCACUGGCCUCGGCGCACCAGUGCCACCCGCUGCCGCGGACGCUGAGUGUCCUCAAGAGCACGCCUCAGGUGCGGGGCAUGCACACCAUCAUCAGGGACAAGGAGACCAGCCGGGACGAGUUCAUCUUCUACUCCAAGAGGCUGAUGCGGCUGCUCAUCGAGCACGCGCUGUCCUUCCUGCCCUUCCAGGACUGCGUCGUGCAGACGCCGCAGGGGCAGGACUAUGCCGGCAAGUGCUACGCAGGGAAGCAGAUCACUGGCGUGUCCAUCCUGCGGGCGGGGGAGACCAUGGAGCCGGCGCUGCGGGCGGUGUGCAAGGACGUGCGCAUCGGCACGAUCCUCAUCCAGACCAACCAGCUCACCGGGGAGCCGGAGCUCCACUACCUGCGGCUGCCCAAGGACAUAAGUGACGACCAUGUGAUCCUCAUGGACUGCACCGUGUCCACGGGUGCCGCGGCCAUGAUGGCUGUGCGCGUGCUCCUGGACCACGACGUGCCCGAGGACAAGAUCUUCCUGCUGUCGCUGCUCAUGGCGGAGAUGGGUGUUCACUCGGUGGCUUACGCGUUCCCACGUGUGAGAAUCAUCACCACGGCCGUGGACAAGCGUGUCAAUGACCUGUUCCGCAUCAUCCCCGGCAUCGGGAACUUCGGUGACCGCUACUUUGGGACUGACGCCAUCCCCGAAGGCAGCGAUGAGGAGGAGGCGGCCUCCAUGGGUUAGCUAGCCGCCAGUCUCUUCCAUCUGCGUCCCCACCCAACUUCCUGCCUCCUGGCGCUGCUUGCAGAGUACAGACAUGAACUUAUUCCAGUUUAAAAUGCUACCAGGAUAACUUACUACCUUUUUUUAAAAAAUAAAUCUUUAUUGUUCAGAUUAU